AUGUCCCUUUCCAAGCGAAGGCCUUACAACAAGACACCGACCACUUCACUGGCGACCAAGGAUCGACUUUCGUCGAUCAAACGAACAGGUCCGACGUUUGAUCGAUCGUCGACUGCUCCUCCACCCCUGACGAAGACCACAUCGCCGGGUUCGAGUUCGAGUCUGCGUCGGCUGAGCACCGGCUUGGGUCAAGUCAAACUGACCUCGAGCAGUCCUUUGGCGACUCGGCCCGUCAUCUCGGGUACUCAUUCUCCUUCGAACUUGAGUUCGGAUCCCCCUUCUUCGUCCAUGUCGCCACAACGCCAGAAGGGACGACCGAGAUCAAGCUUGAGGCCUGAGGAUUUGUCGAGCGAGGUGAGUUUUCAGAUCGCGCCUGGUGCGGUCCAACCUCGCCUUUCACAGCUAAAAGAUCAUCUCACACCUCCAUCACAGCGCGAAUCCUCCCCACCACCGCCACGACCUCGAGAACCCUCACCCGAAUUCGAACGUCCACCUACACCCGACUUCCCGCUCGCCCCCAUACACGGAUUCCAACGACCUCCAACACCGCCUCUAUCCAGCUCUUCAUCCCACGCUGCUCCUCGUCCCCCUCGAGUCCGACAACACAGUUUCUCCCUCGUCAUUGAACCAAAAGUUCCGACGCCCAAACCUUACGUUCUGGGUGAACCGCCUCUGGUUCGUCAGCCUAGAAGGAAGGUGGCACCUUCUUCUCCUACAACACAAGCGCAAUCGCAACCGCCAGCUCCACCGAGAUUACCACUCUCUCCAUCACCUACGCCCGGUCCUUAUCCUUCCCGAAGAAGAAGAGCCGAAUCAACGACGUCAACGACGAUAGCGGAGUUGCCGAAGCAGGAUUCUCAGACUUCGUCGGCUUCGCCAGCCAAGAAACAUAAAUUCGAACCGUUCGUGAAUCAAAUCUUGGACCCGUUGCCGGAGUAUGAUGCUUUGGACGAGGAGGAAUCGGAGGAUGAGUUGGGUUGGGAUCGGUCGUCGGUUGGGGAUCGCGCGAAGAGGAGGACGUCGAGCGGUCCUCCUUCGAGGAGAGCUUCGUUCGGCAUCGUUAAGACGGGGAUCAAGCGGGUUAGGAGACGAGCUUCAUCGACGUUCGAGUAUUCGUCUUUCGAGGCGAAGAGACUCGGAGGGGCUGAGAAGGAAGACGAGCAAAGGUUGGGGAUGACGGGUUUGCCUACGCCACCUACUUCGAGAGGGGCCGAGGAGGCCGAAGCGUCGAGGUCUUUGAUGUCGGGCAACGGCAGCAGCAGCAGCAGCGGUGCCGAGAGGUCUUCUAGCGUCGUGCCUUUUACCUCACCGCAUCGCGAACGACCUCAAAAUCAACACAACCAGCAUCGUCGCUCCUAUCCACCCUUGAACCACCCUUCCCGUCGAACAAGCUUCCAGAGCUCAAGCACCCACUUUUCACCCACCCUAUCGACGACACGGCAGUUAACCUCCGAAGCGUCCUGGGUGCCUAUAACGUAUUUGACGCCCGAGGGGUUCAGGAGGGAAGGGACGGUGGUCUUGCCUAGUGAGGAAUGGGUUGAUGGGCCGAGCCAGAGGACUCGGGAGGAGGAUGGGGACGGUUCGGAUGAUGAAUUGAUGCUCGGGCCUUGGGGAAGUCGGGACGAUGGUCUCGUCAAGAAGAUGACUUCUGAACUUCAACCUCAACACGAAGACCAAGCUGAAGCUGAACCGGAAGCGGAACAAGACGAACAUCUCGAAGCAGGACCCCUCGACCCUCCCCCUAGAACGAAGCCCAAAUCGACCUUUAGUAGUCCUCUUCGACCAUCUUCGAGAUCGCGUCUUUCAAGAAGUAAGACGAUCAUUCUUGAUCUACCUCCUUUACCGGCCCUUCCGGAAGAGUCGGAGGAUGAACUGGAUUGUAUUUGA